AUGACCGAUGAAGGUCGCAAAUUAAGGGCACCAAAACAAAAAGGAGAACUUUUCGAAUACGACCUCAACUAUUUCGACUACGAUGCCCCACUUGUGCUGGUCGGCAGUGCAGCUCCGAGCGCCAACAGCCCGCGCCGGCGGCACCAUAAUGGCGAGGUGACCAAAAAAGAACCACAUGAAGCUCUUCUGCCUCCCCUGGCGCCAAAUCGAACGCCUGAGGCUUUGCCGGAAUCACAAGACGGAGACGUACUGCCAAUAUCGGAUUUCAUUGGCCAUCACAGACGAAUGGAGCGGAAUGAAAAGCGUAUGCAGCACCUGGAUCUCCAACAGCUCAUGGUGGAUGCCGAGAAGGUUACGGCGCAACGAGAGGUCUUAUUGGCGCCGCAUUGGCGGCGAGACAUUUAUAGAAUCGUCAAGAUCGACAAUACAAAUGAUACUAGUGAAUUGGAAAGAAAAAGGGAGCUGGCGUUGGCUGAGAUGGGUCUUUUCCUCAGUCGAUUCGAGCGGCUCAAGCGACGAGAGCGCGGUCGGGAACGCGAGCGGGAAAAAGACCGCCAGCGUAGCCGUGAAAAAUCCACACCGCCCACAGCGGCCACCCGAAAAGCAUCGCGGCCCAAAAAACGGCAAUCUGCCCCGCCCAACCCUGGUCCAAACACCAGCAGCAGCGACAACUCGCCCGAACUCCUAGCUCCCUUGACUCUACGCAUCCCUAAAAGGGCUUUUGGGUAUCCUCUUCCGCCUCGGCGCUGGCGCCCGUGCGAAUUCGAUAUCCCUCAAAGUUGGAAGCGCGAACGCAGCUCUUAG